AUGGGAAACAUGAAUGUCUGCUGCAAUGCAAGAGAUGAUCUUCCUAAUGAACAUCAUUAAAAUAAAUUAAAACAUAAAUAAGAUACUGAAGAAAGUGAGUAUGAACCUAAUACAGAAGCUUAUAGAAAAACUAUUUAAAGUGUUAUUAUUUCAAAACCAUCACUCACUUUUGGAGAAUAAAUGAUACAAGAUAUAAUUGACUUAACUGAUGAAAAUAAAGUACCUUUAACAAUUGAAAAUGGAUGGAAUUGCUUAAUAGAUUAACCAUCUAUUAAAUUGUAUGCCUUUGAAUGGAAAAAAGCAGAAAAAUCAAUGUAAAAUUAAGAUUAUAUUUUAGUUAGAGUUAUUGUUUUAAGAGCACAGUUUUAAUUAAAUUGUACAAUAUAAUAAUAUAUCAAUAUCAGUAUUGAUGAUAUGAAAAUGAUUGAUAAAAAAAUAGAAGAAUUCAAUUUAGUAGAAGAAAAUUUAGAGCAUAAUGAAUCAAUUAGAUAUAUUGCUCAUAAAGGUGUUGGUAUUUUGAAAAGUAGAGAUUUUUUAUAUUUGAAAUCAUAACAAAAAAUAUCAGAACAAUUAUAUAUAGAAGCUGCAAAAUCUAUUGAAGAUUAAACUGUAUAUACUGAGAAAAAAAGAACAAGAGGAUAAAUUAAUUUAGCUGGAUAAAUUGUAGAAUAAAUGAACCUAUCAACUAUUUUAAUUAAAUAAUUCUUAGAUGUUGAUCUGAAAACUAAUGUUUAAUUGACUAAUAUGAAAAAUCCUAUCAUAAAAGAAUUUGUCAAAUAUCAUGAGUCAUUAUAAAAUUAUGUUAAUUUUUAAUAAUGA